ACCUACCAAUACUCGCCGCAGUUAACAAUAUAAAACACUCUCUUCUUGGUUUUACCAUUUGUUCAGAUUCAGAUAUGACGGAUGAAGUGGUAGAAGCAGUUCCAAAGUCUGUGAUGGACGAUGUAUACACCCGUGCGAAGGUAUCUGUGUGGUGGGAUUUAGAAAACUGGGAUGUUUGCAAGGAUCUUGAUCCUUUUAAAAUAAAAGAUAAUAUCUGUUCAGCACUCGCUGAGAUGAAAUACCGUGGUGACGUUUCCAUCUUUUGCUUCGGGGACACAUCUAUAAUUCCUCAAGAUUUUCAGAGUGCUCUCGGAAUUCCCAUCAACCAUGUUCCUGCCGCAAACAAAUCUGAGAAAGAUUUGAGGAUCGUUGCUGGCAUGCUGGACUGGUCAUUUGAUAACCCUCCACCUGCAAAUUACUUGUUGAUUUCGGAUAAUGUCCAAUUUACUUAUGCCGUCAUGCGACUCUUAGAGAUGAGAUAUAAUAUUCUUCUUGCAAUAUCCCACCAAAAUGCACCUGAACGAUCCCUACUUGGCCCUGCUAAGAUUGUAUGGCUUUGCACUAGUCUCUUCGCCGGAGGAUCUCCAAUAUAUAUAAGGGAGUCUCCAAUAUAUACAAGGGAGUUCGCCGGAGGAUCUCCAAUAUAUAUAAGGGGGAUUUCCAACAAACUUGACACGGCAACUGGUUCUGAUUCUGAGGAUUCUGAGGUUCAUGCUGGAAAUUAAAAUUUUCAAAAUGCAGAAAGGGGAUUACUAUUUUAUGUUGAUCUCUAGUAUUUAAGUAUCAUAGGUAUUUUUAUUGUUACUUCUAAGCCUUCUGUUUGUCUUGGGAGAUACUUAAAAACAGAAUUAUUAAGUUACGAUGUUUUAUUUUAUGUCUGGAAUUAUUAAGUUAUGUUUUAUUAUAUGUCCCAAAUUGAUGGUUGUUCUUUC